AUGGUCAACGAUAUUACUACCACUACCACCACCGAUCUUACCCCUGCUACGGCUGCUGCUGCUGCUGCUACUACCAAUGGCACUGCUCCUCGUCGUAGCUCCUUUAGUCAACCUAAGCCCAAGGUCCUUCGUCCUUUCAAUACAGCCGAAGUCAAGAUUCUUCUUUUGGAAAACGUCAAUGAAACGGCUGUCAAGGCAUUCAAAAAGCAAGGUUAUCAGGUCGAGACCUAUGCUAAGGCCCUUGUCGGUGAUGAACUGAUUGAAAAGAUCCGUGAUGUCCAUGUCAUUGGUAUCCGUUCCAAGACUAAGCUUACCAAGCAAGUACUUGAUGCUGCUCAAAACUUGAUGGCCAUUGGCUGUUUUUGUAUCGGCACGAACCAAGUCGAUUUGCAAGCUGCUGCAAAGAAGGGUAUUGCUGUGUUCAACUCCCCUUUCAGCAACUCGCGCUCUGUGGCCGAACUUGUGAUUGGUGAGAUUAUUACGUUGGCUCGUCAAUUGGGUGAUCGUAAUAUCGAGAUGCAUCAAGGUGUGUGGAACAAGGUCUCCAAGAAUUGCUAUGAGAUCCGUGGCAAGGUCCUUGGUAUUGUCGGCUAUGGCCAUAUUGGUGCUCAAUUGUCCGUCCUUGCUGAAUCGAUGGGUUUGACCGUUUACUUUUAUGACGUUCUUCAAAUCAUGCCUUUGGGUACUGCCAAGCAAGUUGAGUCACUCGAGGAGCUCUUGUCAUUGUCUGAUUUUGUGUCAUUGCACGUGCCCGAACUUGAAGAAACCAAAAACAUGAUUGGUGAACGUGAGAUCAUGGGCUACAUGAAGAAGGGUAGCUAUUUGCUCAACAAUGCUCGUGGUACCGUGGUCUAUUUGCCUGCUCUUGCCAAAGCUCUUCAAUCAGGCCAUCUUGCUGGUGCAGCUGUUGACGUGUAUCCCAAGGAACCUGCUGCCAAUGGUCCUCAUUUCACUGAUUACCCCGAAUUGCUAAAGUGCCCCAACCUUAUCCUUACUCCUCACAUUGGUGGCUCCACCGAAGAAGCUCAACGUAUGAUUGGUAUCGAAGUGUCGUCUGCUCUUAUCAAGUUCAUCAAUGAAGGUGGCUCUCUUGGCGCUGUCAACUUUCCCGAAGUUGACUUGCGUGCUAUUCGUGAAGAUGAUGACAACACUGUGCGUGUGCUUUACAUCCAUCAAAACAUCCCUGGUGUCCUUAGAGAGAUCAACGAGAUCUUUGCCGAUAACAACGUCGAAAAGCAAUAUUCCGAUUCCAAGGGCGAUAUCGCCUAUGUCAUGGCUGAUAUCGCAGACGUCAAUGAGGAAAAUCUUCACAAGCUUUACAAUGCCAUCACUGCCACUCGUGCCAACAUCCGCACUCGCAUGCUUUAUUAA